AAGCUUUUAUUCUGGAAACCGGAAACCAUUUUUAUUCUGGAAACCGGAAUCCACAUUUAUUCUGGCCAGCUUGACACAGGUCUCGCGCAAUACGCAGGUCCCACCAUCAGUGCACGAUGACAGAAAUGAGCUCGGCGGUGCGGUUAUCGUUCCUCGGCCUCCUCCUGUGGCUGCAGCUCGGCACAGCUCCAGCCCGCAGCCCGCGCACGGCGGACCAGGUGUCUGAGGCCGAGAUCCAGCGGCUCCUGCACGGUGUCAUGGAGCAGCUGGGCAUAGCUCGGCCCAGGGUGGAGUAUCCCGCACAUCAGGCCACCAACAUUGUCGGGCCUCAGAGCAUACAAGGUGGUGCUCACGAGGGGCUGCAGCACCUCGGCCCCUUUGGCAACAUCCCCAACAUUGUGGCCGAGCUGACCGGCGACAACGUUCCCAAAGACUUCAGUGAUGACCACGGGUACCCAGACCCUCCAAACCCCUGUCCCCUGGGAAAGACAGCAGCAGACGGGUGUUUGGAAAACGCUCCGGACACAGCCGAGUUCAGCAGAGAGUUUCAAAAACACCAGCACCUAUUUGACCCAGAGCAUGACUACCCAGCGCUGGCCAAGUGGAACAAGGAGCUUUUGUACCAAAAACUGAAGGGUGGACCGAAAAGAAGAAAAAGGAGUGUCAACCCGUAUCUGAUGGGCCAGAGGCUGGACAACGUGGUCGCCAAAAAAUCUGUUCCUCACUUCUCUGAGGAAGAGGAGGAAGAGGCGCCGACCGUCUCCGCUGCAAGCAAAACCACCACCUAAACUCCCGCGCCUGCAACACUCACUGUAACAUUGAAGUAUACGCUCAGAUACGAGUUUUUAACACAACAUAUUUAAACUUUUUGGUUAACAAGCGAUGGAUUUGUGACUUCAGUGCCAGUACUGUAAAAUAAGCAAUAGUAAGCAGAGAAAAGAGAAGCAGCUUGAAAAUCGUUCAUGCUUUUUUAUUGUAUUGCGAUCAUAUUAAUUAGCUCUUCACUAAUUCGGCACAACUUACUGUAUAUAAGGCGCUCUCAUUUAAAACUCUUACACGGCACCUGGCUUUAUUUAAGCAUUACGAUCCGAGGCCUUCGUCCAAGGAAACAACAUUUUAGAGCUUUUUUUUUUGGAUCCUGACAAAGAAAAUGCAAAAUCUCAUCACAAAAUCAAAACUGCUUCUCAAACAUCACGCAGGUGGGACUUUGUGUUGACAUUUAUUUUGACAGCUGCUGUUUCAGAGUUUGAGAAUGAACCGGAAAGCUCACAAAGCAAACUGUUAUCAUGUUAUUAGUGUAAGUAUCUGAUCAGAAUAUUAAAAAUCUUGUAAGGGGAAAAGAUUCUCACUUUAACAAACCAAUUUUAAGUCAAAUAGUCACAUUGCCUGAGAUUCAACCAUUAAACCCAAAAUGCUAAAAUAUAAAAGUGUUAAAAUAUUGACUGGCAGUGUACAGUAUAACUAGAAAUGUAUUAUAAAGAGAAGUUUGAAUAAAGAAAUACUGAUUUGAGGGAAUUUGAAGUUUUUGUACGUCCUGAUAUAAUCACCUCUGUGUCUUCACACGCAAAGAUUCAAUACAGAUCAUAUUAUUGGAAGUUAAUUAUCAACUGUAGCAGCUUUGCUUUGUCAUGUAAAGGUUGACCGUGAACCACGUCACUGUAGCAUGGCACAUAUUGUAGCUCUUACUCUGAUUAGUAUCUGUUCUCCUCACUGCAGUCGUGAGUCUCUACAGGCAGCACUGAAUCUGUUGACGGCAUCUUGCCAACAAAAACGUUUGUGUUAUGUUUUGUUCUGUACAGUCAAAUAAACGAUUUAUCUGCAUUGA